UUUGAAAUUAUCAUCAGCUUCCAGGCGGAAGUUCACCUCUCGAUGAUCGUCCCGGUGUUUUUCAGUCUGUGCUUUAGUCUCUGAACAUCUGAAGGGUUUAUUUUUAUUUUACAGCCGUUAACGGGAGCAGAUGUCGGCUCAGGGCGACUGUGAGUUCCUGGUGAAGCGCGCGCGGGAGCUCGUGCCGCAGGACCCGUAUGCAGCUAAAGCCUGGCUGAUCACCGCGCGCACCCUCUACCCCACAGACUUCAACAUACAGUAUGAGAUGUACAGUAUCGAGCGUAACGCUGAGAGGACGGCCUCCGCCGGCAGACUCCUGUAUGACAUAUUCGUGAAUUUCCCCGAGCAGCCGGUGGUCUGGCGUGAGAUCGCAGUGAUCACUGCUGCGUUACGAAACGACAGCCAGGAAAAACACGCUCAGUUUCUCAAAGGUGUUUUUGAGACUCUUCCAGGUCCGGUUCAGUGUAAGAUGCUCCUGAAGGCCACAGAACAGUGUUUUAACACGCUGGAGAAAGCAGAGAUGCUGCUGCUGCUGCUCAAGAGAUUCCCGGAGUCUGUGGUUCAGCAUGGAGUCAGUUUAGGAGAGUCGUUAUUGGAGGCGGAGACAGUAGAGAAUCUGGACACGCCUGUCAACUGCUUCAGGAAGCUUUUCGUGUGUGACGUCCUGCCGCUGAUCCUGAAUAAUCCAGAGAUGCGUCUUCCUGUCAGUCUGAUGUAUAAAUACAUGCACAAAGCAGCAGAGUUUUACAUAUGUUACAUCACACGGGAGCCGUCAUCAGACGGACAGAUACAGGGCUCUCAGGAAGUGGGCGGGCUCAAGUCUCCAGGCCGGGGGCGGAGUCAGCGGUAUGUGAUUGACGGGCUGUCGGAGAAGUCGUCGGUGGUGACGGAGCCCUGGGAUAGGCUGCUGGAGAUGGUGGGCGUGGUCGGCUCGCUCUGUAAUUGGCAGGGAGAAAAAGCAAGCCGGUCGUACUCGGAGCUCCUGCAGCGUGUUUCAGAGUUGUGUCGGUACAUGUCUGCCACGGACGGUGAGGGUUUUGCCCGCUGCUGCGCUCAGAUCGUCACCUGCUGCACGCUGGUCCUGUUUCACAGCGCAUUUCACUACGUCUCUGCUGUGCAGCCGUCACUCUUCCAGGGUCACACGUCUCUGAGCUCGUGUCCGUUGGUUCUGCUGGAGGAUCUGUCCAGUGUUUACACUGAUGUAGAAGUGGAGCGAAAACACACACACAAGAAACGCAAGCUGGCCGACGGACGGGAGAAAACCAUGAGCUCUGAUGAUGAGGACGUGUUGGCUAAAGGCAGAGGGCGACACAUUGUGUUGAAUAAAGCAGAGAUGCUGGGUUGGGCCGAGACUUUAGAGCACUUCCGUACGGCCAGAGAGAGCUGGGACCUGCUGCACUCGCACCAGAGCCUGGAGACGGAGUUCGCUAAGAUCUGCUCAGCGUGGAAAACUGAGAUGUGGAUGUGGUUUCGCAUUUUCCUUACAGAUAUGAUCAUUUAUCAGGGUCAGUACCGGAAGGCUCUGUCCAGUCUGGGUCUGAUGUCGUCGCUCCAGCUCCAGCAGAACCAGAACCAGAACCAGAACUCGCUCUCCAGCUCCUCGAGUCUGGAGACGCAGCGGGCGAUCAUCCAGCAGGCCUCCUGUCAUUACGCACUGGGAGAGUACAGGAUGGCGUGUGAGAAGCUUCUGGAGGUGGUCUCUGGUCUGAUGCCCCAGAAUCAUGAAGCUGUGAAGAGCAGUGAGGAGCAGCGCAAACCCCGCAGCAAAAUUAGGAAAGGUAACGAUCUGAGGCUCCUCCCCUGCACCAGUAAAUCCAUCCUUCCGUUCUGUCUUCAGCUCAUGCUGGCCUGUUUUAAGCUGAGGGCCUUCACAGACAACAGAGACGACCUGGCUCUGGGUCAUGUGGUCGUUCUCCUGCAGUAUGAUUGGCCGCAGGGUGAGAAUCUCUUCCUGAAGGCGGUGGAUAAGAUCUGCCAGCAGGGUAGCUUCCAAUACGAGAACUUCUUCAACUACGUCACCAACAUUGACAUGUUAGAAGAGUUUGCUUACCUUCGCACGACAGAAGGAGGGCGGGUCCAGCUGGAGCUGCUGCCCAAUCAGGGGAUGCUCAUCAAGAACCCCAGCCCCGCCCUGGGGGUGGAGUUAAACACCCUGCUGCUUCCAGGGGCUCAGAAGGCUGACAGACAUCACACUGUGACUCGAGGAAUCACCAAAGGCGUGAAGGAGGAUUUUCGGCUGGCGAUGGAGCGUCAGGUGUCACGGUGCGGAGAAAACCUGCUCACGGUGCUUCACCGCUUCUGCAUUAAUGAAAAGAUCAUCCUCGUCCAGUCAUUACCCUGAGCGACCUCUGACCUUUAACCUAUGUAUCAGUCCAGUUUUGUCACUUUUCAGACAUUUUUGAAACGUGAUCAAUUUUUUGCAUCAUAUAUGAAGCUUCGGACAUGUUUAGAGUCACGAUGCACUGGUCAUCAAGCAGAUCUCAUUUAGGUCAUGGUUUUAUUUUAGGUAUUAAUUGACAAACUUUCAAAAAUAUUCAGCAUUUUAUUAUUUGUCUGUAAAAUGCAGAAUUCACUGUUAAAGCAAAUGCAAUAUGUUCACAUUGUAUUGUUGUAAAAUACUUAAUGAACUAGACUGUUAUUGUGUAAGAUAAUGUUGUGCCGGCAGCUCAUAAUAAAUAAAACAUUGGUGAAUACUGAG